AACCCUGUCUUUACUGUAAAUCCAUGUAAAUUUGUUUUGGAAAAAUUUUUUCCUGCAUCAAGUUCUUUAUUAUAUAUAGCUGAAGCUUCCAGACAUUGAUUACCAAAACCAGUUAGCGUUAAGAGGGAGGAGUGAAACACAAUGGAGAUUCAAAAAAUGAGAGAAAUAGAAGAUGAAGAGGAACAAGCAGAAGUAGAAAUGUGGAAAUACUUAUUUGGGUUCUCCAAUAUUGCAGCAGUGAAGUGUGCAAUAGAGCUUGGAAUAGCUGAUGCUAUUGAAAAUCAUAAACGCCCCAUUACCCUAUCUGAGCUAUCUUCCAAGCUUGGAUGUGCUUCAUCCUUUCUCUGUCGGAUCAUGAGGUUCUUGGUGCAUCACAAUAUUUUCAAGGAGACACCGAAUGUCCAUGGCGCCGUCGGCUAUGUACAGACACCACUCUCUCGCCGUUUGCUCGGACGGGGAGGGAAAAGCAUGGAAGCUCUGUUUUUGCUAGAAAGCAGCUCGGUGAUGCUAAGGCCAUGGCAUUUUCUAACCAAACGUGUUCGCCUGGACAAAAAUACUGCAGCAUUUGAGGCGGCUCACGGGGAUGACAUAUGGAAAUAUGCAGCAGAAUGCCCAGAUCACAGCAAGCUAAUUAAUGAUGCAAUGGCUUGUCACGCUAGGAUUGCUGUAUCUAGGAUGAUUGAUAAGUGCCCAGAAGUUUUUAAUGGAGUAAAAACUCUGGUAGAUGUUGGUGGGGGUAACGGGACUACUCUGAGCAUGUUGGUUAAAGCUUUUCCAUGGAUUCAGGGCAUCAACUUUGAUCUUCCUCAUGUGGUCUCCACUGCAACAGAAUGUGAUGGCGUUACACAUGUUGGUGGUGACAUGUUUGAGAGUGUUCCAAAGGCUGAUGCUGCUUUCCUCAUGUGGGUUCUGCACGACUGGAAUGACGAGGAAUGCAUUAAAAUCCUAAAGAAAUGUAAAGAAGCCAUUCCAGAGGAAACUGGGAAGGUGAUAAUGGCUGAAGUUGUGGUGGGAGAAGAGAAAGACGAUAAGCUUGAGUUCGUUAGGCUGAUGCUGGACAUGGUGAUGAUGGCUCAUACUAACUCUGGUAAAGAGAGAACCAACAAGGAAUGGGACUAUAUUCUUGCAGAGGCUGGCUUUAGACGUCACACUAUAAGAUCAAUUGGAGAUGUGAAUUCUAUAAUCGAGGCCUUCCCUUGAUCACCGACUCCAAGUUUGUUCUACCUAUGCUCAUUAAUCCAUGUCUGGUGUUGGCUUUUCUUAGUGAAUUUAAUUUCCUUUCUUUUGAUUUCUAGCAAUGGCUGCUAUGAAGGUUUUUUUACCAAUUUCAAGAAAGUGGUGCUCUCAAUUAUUAGUAUAAGUGGCAAAAUACUAAUUUAUUACAA